AUGUGGAUUGCUCCAGACGGAAUGGAAAUAUUAGGCAUGGUGUUCAACUCUCAAUUUCCGGCUCCGAUAAUUGAAGUGAGUAAAUGUAACUUUCACAUUUGUGCACUGGCUAAUGUCCAUGCGACUGUAGGCGGACUGCGGGGAUAUUUUGAUAAUUGGCAAGACGGUGUCCCAGGAGUUUCGCAAUGUCCAAUCACGGCAAGUCGAGUCUGGACAUCCCAAAAAAUGGAAUACCGAUCUUUGGCAGCCUUCUCAGUCCUAUACAUAAGAGUUUCAAGUGACUCAGUAUGGAGUAUCUUGGUAUCAGAGCAAUUUUGCAUUGCAAUCUUUGUAAAUUCCUCUUUUGCUCGACGUUGGUUGAUGUUUGUGUUAGAUCCGGCAGGACUUUAUGGUGCCUUGGGAAUCGGCGGACCGGCGGGUUGGGGCUGUAGUGUUGGUGUUGGUCCGUUGCUGAUAUCGGAUUGGUUUCACCAAAGUCCCUUCUCGCUAUUCUACGAGGAAUUAUGUUGCGGAGAGCCUGUAUCGAACUCGCACCUGCUGCAAGGGCAAGGAGUUUACUACAACGAAACUACAGGUGUCAGAAGUGGCAGUUCCUACUCCCUUGGUGUGGCUAAAGGUAAAAAAUAUAAGAUCAGUCUUGUUAAUGCGGGAACUUCCACUCAAUUCACAUUCUGGAUUGAUGGUCACACGUUUACUGUGGUUGGAACAGACUUUGUACCUAUUAAAGACUGCGAAACAGAUACCUUGAACAUUGCUGUCGGUCAACGCUAUGAUAUCUUUAUCAAGGAAAAUGCGGAUUCUUCACACGGUACGAACUUCUGGAUUCAUGCUAGGGACUGUAACAGUCCAAAACAAAUAUCUACCUUGGGUAUUUUCAGAUAUGAUCAAGCAUCAACUGAGCUUCCCGCGGAUAGUCGUGAUAAUCGAUCAAACUUCGGAUGUUUGGAACCUUCAACCAAAAAUUUGAUUCCUGUGGUUUCCAAGAAGGUGGAAAAGCCGAUCAAUGGAAUUACACCAGACCAAUUCCUCAAUAUAUCCUUGCAGCCAUAUCGUAGGAUGGACCCCAAUACCCACCCAUUGAAGUGGAGUCUCAAAAACUACCCAAUGUAUCUUGACUGGAGCGUUCCUUCUCUCAAGCUCAUCCAAGAUAAUUUCGAUACAUCGGGCAUACCUUUCCACAAGAUUAUGUAA